UUGAAAGCACCAGCAACGAUUUCACCAGCUCUAAAAUCUUUGAACACCACACACACACACACAGACUAAAAACAACCCAGCAGAAUUUCAAAGGUGAUAUUUAUUUUUUAUUUUUACCUUUAUUGCGUAAAGGAAGCAAAAUAUAUCUUUCAGAGCAUCAAUAGCACCAUUACUCAGAGCUGAAGUAAGUCAUGGUUCACGGGAAGGAGUCGGCCAAGGAGACGCUGCUGCCUUCUGUGCUGGGAGAUGAUGACGCAGAAAUACAAACUGAGAAGCUGCAGUUGUGGGAGGCUGCCAGCAGCAGCAGCAGAGGAGUCACAAUGUCUUAUUGUGUCAUUCUCCUCCCAGCAAAGAGUGAGCCGGACAGAGGUUGGCGUGCGUGGGCUAAAGGACCAGCGCUUGAGCCCUGAUGGGAACGUGCUGGAUGGGGGUGAAAGAGAGUGUGAGGUGGAGGAGGAGAAUGAAGAGGAGCGUGUGAUCUCUGAUGAGGACUACGACACAGAUUUGGAGAGCGAAGAUAAGGAGGAGGGAUAUGACCCCACGGGGCAGACAAGCUACAUGGAGGCGUGUGAAGCUUUACAGGUGGCGCCUGUCUCGUCCUUCCUGCAGCACAUGCAGAAGAGCGAGCUGAACAUGGCGCACAGUGGACUGGGGCCUCAGGGCACCAAAGCUCUGGCGGUUCCCUUGGUAACCAACACUUCAGUACUGAGGCUGAACCUGCAAGAUAAUUGGAUGGAAGGAAUAGGCGGAGCUGCUAUAGCCGAGAUGUUAAAGGAAAAUUGUUACAUUACAGAGUUGGACCUUUCUGACAACAAACUUGGGGAUUAUGGGGCAAGAGCCAUUGCUGUUAUGCUGAAAGAGAACAGCACCCUCAUGAGCCUUAAUCUAUCAGGAAACCAUGUCACAGACCGGUCCGCUGAACACCUUGGUCCAGCACUGAUCACCAACAUAACGCUGCAGCACCUCGACCUCAGCUACAACGCUCUGGGAGAUCAUGCAGGGCAAAUCCUGGGAGACUGUCUGUCAGAAAACACCGGAUUAAGAUCAUUAAGUCUGGCCUGGAACUGCAUUCGAGGAAGAGGAGCUGUGCUGCUGGCCAAUGGCCUCGGGGGAAACAUUUUCCUUAGAAGCGUGGAUCUGUCAUUUAAUGGGUUCGGUAAAGAAGGAGCCGUUGCUUUAGGACAGGCUCUGAAAGAAAACAGUGUUUUAGAGGAGCUGAAUGUGAGUAACAACCGAAUACCCCCUGAAGGAGCUAUCCGACUAGCCAUGGGCCUCAAAGCAAACAAGACAAUCAAAUCCCUGAAUAUGGGUAGGAACCCAAUCCAGAGUGUUGGGUGUUAUGGGAUACUUAAGUCUGUACAGGAAAACCCAGAUUCAGCCAUGGAGACACUAGACUUUUGGGACAUCACAGUGAACCAGGAUUUUGAAGACUUGUAUGCUGCGGUGAAAGAAAUAUUCCCUUCCUUUACAGUAAAUCACGGGGAGAAAUUUGGCACAUUCAGAAAAGCAAAAGCCUGAAACGUGUUUUUAAGUUGUGUGCAAAAAGAAGUGUAAAUGAUGUACUUUUAUGCUAGGAAAGAUGCAAAUAGUCUCGUCAAAGCCCCGUGGACAUUUCUAACGACAGAUGAAUGAACGGAGUGAUGCAUGCGAGGAUGUAACUACAAAAAGAAGUAAUUUUGGUAAAAUGAGCCAUUAGAGAAUAUUCCUACGUGAAAUGGUUUUAUAUCAAAUAAAUCUUGUUAAAUACCCAAUCAAGUGAAAAUUAAGAUGAUUCAGAAGUGGUUUGUUCAUUUACCAAAAGAAAUAGCAUAUACACCACGUGUGCAGGCUUGAAAUAUGGUGUUGAUAAAGCCAUUUAGUGCAGGCACAAGACAGGUAUUCUUUUUAGGUAUGAUCUGAUUUGAUGUUAUAUAAUGCCAGUGGGUAGAAUGAUAGAGAGGAUCAGAGAGCAGCGCAUUGUGUAUGAAAAGAAGUGAAAGUGGGUUGCACAAAAAGGAUUUAAGUACUGCAUGACUCGUCUAAUAGAGCGACCAGCUUUGAAAGAACAGUCCACUAUUAGAUAAGAGACCUGUUUACUGCAGCAGGACAACUCAAACAGUGUUACUGAUACAGUAAGCUGUCAUUUGGAGACGUGUCCUUCCCACACAGACUCACAAUAAAAUCAUUGUAUCAAUAGUAAAAUUGUAUUCAACAAAUUAAAUGUGCCUGUGUGUUUGUUAGAGUGUAUAUAGUUUGGCUUGUUUGGCUUUUAAACUUUAAAUGUAGGCAUUGAAAGUGUAGCAAAACAUUUAUGAAAAGAAGGUUUAUGAGAAUGUUGAUGUACAUGAUUUUCUUUUUCUUUAUAUACUUUUUGAAAACUUCAUUGCUCAUAGGAAGGAAACUUUAUCUUUUCUCCUUUGCAAGGAAAUCUUUGAAGAUUUUUUAGGCCUACCUAAGUAUUUUAGUUUUUGCAAGGGGGUCUCCAUAUGAGUAAUAUUUUGCUUCUAAAUAAUCAUUUGUUAAUACAUUAAAUGUAUGAAUAUAAUAUAAUUUGGUCUGUGUAACUUCAAUUUUGAUUAGACUACACGUAAAAUGCUUUCGUCAUUAUUAUUGGUAUGUUUGUUUAUUAUUAUUAUUGUGCUAAUUAUUAUUGAUACAUUUUAUUUUUAAUGUCAGAAGUUCUAUUUUUAAUUAUUAGGCUACACUAAAGUAAAGUGCAUAAACGAUGUAUUGUUUUGUGGUGGAUCUUAAAGUUUGGAUGA